AUGCGUAAUCGCAGGCCACCAUCCACACGACUUCUCCCACUGCGGCACCAUCAUCGACGACCAUCCACACGGCUUCGUAUACGGCACACUCAGCAUCACCUCACCCAUCGGUGCCGACUUCAAUCCACACCAUCCUGGUCCUCCCAAAUACUCCAUUCCUCCGCCUCUCCUCCACUUACGCUCUACUCUGCUCAUUCGUGUGCUCUCCUCGCGCCUUUUAUACUCUCCCUCACCUUCACCUCAUCCUCCUCCUUCACCUCCUACUUCCUCUUCUUCUUCUUCUUCUACUUCUUUUACUUCACCCCUCUUCUUCUCGUGCCGCGUGACGCACCAGCCUCGCGUACUUCGAGUUCAUCACCCGCACUUGCCCGCCUAUCACCACCAUCACCACCACCCUACAUCAGAGCACUCGUGCUUUGUGCUGCCUCACGUGGGUGGUGUGGACGAGGCUGCGUAUGA